UUCGCCGGAGAAGUUGAAAACCCUAGCUCGCGAUCCCGAUGAAACUACAUAAAUUAGGGGUUUUCUAGGAUUUUCCAGUGUUUUUGAAGCUCUGUAGUUCUGAUGAGCGGGGGAACACCAGAUCGGUAGGGAUCAAGAUGAAGGUCUCGUUCAAGGUAUCGAAGACCGGGACUCGGUUCAGACCGCGGCUUCGAGCAUUCGGAGAGGAUGAUCCUGCUCCGAGCGAGGGUUCCACUGAGAAUUCUCACGCCCUCAACGGUACCGGAUCCAAAUGCGAGGUUAAUAUUUCUGAAGGAGCAAAUCAUGUUGCUGGCUUGUCAAUUUCUUCCUCUCGCCAUAAGGAGCUUAUAUCGGCCGAACAUGAAGUUUCCUUUACCCUGAACCUUUUUCAGAAAGGAUAUUUCAUAGGGAAACCUUCUGAGACUGAGAAUCCUCAACCUAUGCUUCAAGAUAUGAAGUCAUUGCAUCCAUAUGACAGGGCAUCAGAGAGUCUGUUUUCUGCUAUUGAGUCAGGGUGGUUGCCAGGAGAUAUUCUUGAUGAUAUACCAAGCAAAUACUCUCGAGGAACUGUUGUUUGUGAGGUACAUGACUACAGGAAAUGCACAUCUGAACAAGGGCCUGCUGGUUCUGCUCUGGACUCCAGUCCUACUGUGAACAAAGUGCUGUUGCGCAUGUCCUUGGAAAAUAUUGUGAAGGAUAUGCCCUUAAUUUCAGAUGAUACAUGGACCUAUAGUGAUCUAAUGGAGGUUGAGUCUCGUAUAUUGAAGGCUCUCCAACCAAAACUUUCUUUAGACCCUACCCCUAUGUUGGAUAGACUUUGUGAUGAUCAAUCAAGUACCAAGCUUGAUCUAGGCAUUGGAAGAAAACGGAGAGUACGGCAGGCCCCUGAAGUGACAGUCACCUCCAACAAUCAAAGUCACGGAAAGAAGGUUUGUAUUGAUAGGUUGUCUGAGAAUAUGGGUUACAACCCAGAUAUAGGAACUAUACAAGGUGAUGGAAGGUUGCAGCGUGUUCAUGAGAACACAAUUGCUCAACACCUGCCUGUGGGGAUUUCAUCAAUGCGGCCUAAUACUUUUGCUCAAGAAAUGGGCAGGCCUGCUCUGCCGUUAUCCUCCCAAUCCAAGUUCCAACCAACUAUUAACCACCCAGGAGUUCUGCAGGAUCAUGGAUUACCUUCAAAUUUGGCAGGAGUCAGCACGAAUGUAACUUCACCUCUCAGCCCAUACAGUGACUCUCUUCAUGGAAAGAGGGACAUACAGGAUGCUCAACUUACACCAAUGUCAGGAACCAAGAGGUCAAAGCAGAACCCAGUGGGAGUGGAUGGUAUGCAACAACAACCCACAGGGCCGCAAUUUGUUGGCCUCAAUGGGGUGGAUAUGCAGUGGAAGCUGCAACAACAAUUAGAUGUCAAGGGGGUCCAGUACUCUUCUACUUUGAGCAGUCAAAGGUAUCCAUCUCAUGUGAUGAGUAAUAUUUCUAAUCAAGAGACUGGCACAUCAUUCUACUUUAAUCAGCAAGGGAUGAGAUAUGCUCCUAAGGAGGAGCAAACAGAAAUGAAGUUGGACAGGCAAGAACUAGAGAAGUCUAAAGAUGCUCGGCAAGCAUUGGCAACAGAGGGCAAUAUACUUGACCAGCAGCAAUUACGACCCCAGCAUCCCCCCCAGCAGCAGCCUCUCAGGAACCACCUUCCAACCACUACACAAUGGCAUAAUUCACGUACUGUAGUUGACAAGGAUCCUCGGAAGGAUGAUACACUUCAGAAACGGAAACCAAUGAACAGCCCACGUGUCUCAUCUGGACCCAUGGUUCAAUCUCCUGUUUCAUCAAAAUCAGGAGAAAUUUCUAGUGGCUCGGUGGGUGGGCAGUUUAGUGCUGUUGCAACAUCUGCUUUGGGAUCACAGAAGGAUAAGCUAGCUGCAACUUCAAAUGCUGCCCUUGGAGCUCCAUCUGUGACUUCAAGUCCUAAUGAUAAUGUGCAAAGACAGCAUCAAACAUCAGUUGGUGCGAAGAGAAAAGCUAACUCUGUUCCCAAAACACAAACAAUGAGUGGGGUUGGAUCUCCUGCCAGUGUUAGUAACAUCAAUGCUCCAUUAAAUGCUAACAGUCCAUCAGUAGGAAAUGCUUCUAUGGGUGAUCAAGUUAUUCUUGAACAUUUCUUAAAGGUUGACAUGCUUACUCAGAGAUACCAACUCAAUGUUAAGAAGAACAAGGUUGAUGAUUAUCAUUUGAGGAAACCGGUUUUGUAUUCAUCUCAGCAACUCUCUGCAUAUUUAUCCGAUACUUUCAUUGCUGAGGAUUUUAUAGACCCGAUUCAACCCUUGUCUAAAUCAGUUAUAAGUAGCUCUGCCAAUACUUAUAAAACCAGAGUACUGAAUUUCCUGCGCACGGAUCAUGGUUAUCAAGCUUAUUCUGCCAAGUCUUCGCACCAGUUGACUUUGCAUGAGAGAUCUGGUGAUGACACGGUUGCAUUGCAGUAUGGAGAUACCAAUGAUACUGGUUUGUCUAACAGUUGUUCACUGUCGUUACCAACCAAUAUCUAUGCCGAUCUGCUUGCUGCCCAGUUCUCUUCGCUCAUGGAGAAAGAAGGAUAUCAAAAAAUAGAAGAUCAAACUCAACGUUCACGACUUCCCGUUGGUGUUACUUCUGGUAGUACCACAGCAAUGAUGGGUAUCUCAAUGGAUAAUGCCGCUGCCCAUGAGAUUAAACAUUCUGAGAUGGUUCCUGGUCAACCACCGAAUUUUGCUGCAAUAGCAAAUAACAAUGGUAUGGGACCCUUAAGUUCCUCGCAGAAUAUCUCCAAUGGUGUGAGGUUGCUGUCUGCUGCUGGCAACAACAGCCAGCCUUUAUCUAUUUCUCCAGGUUACUUGCCUGGGUCACCAAUGAUCCAAAGACCACCACAAAUUGAUCAACCAUUGCUUCAGCAACAGCAACAACAACUAUUGUUGCAGCAAAACCAACAGUCUCAGAUGCAGCAACAACAGCAGCUUUCCAUGUCUUCAAUGCAGAGGCCCACUGGACUGCUGUCAACAAAUCCGCUCUCGCAAAUGGUGGGGCAGAACUCUAACCUUCAUAUAGGUACAAGCCAUAUUGUCAACAACAAAUCUCAUCUGCCAAUACAGAUGUUGCAGCAACAGUCCCAGCUAGCUCCGAAGAUGAUGAUGGGGCUGAAUGCCAUCAAUAGGGGGAACAUUGGCAACAACAUGGUUGGCCUUGGUGGCCUAGGCAAUGUCAUGGGAAUGCCUGGUGUUCGGGGCAUAUCUUCCCCGAUGGGAAUUCCAGGCUUGAACAACAACAUGAGCCCUAAUCAGAUGAACAUUGGAACAGCAUCUACUUUUGGAGCAGGACGUCCUAGUAGCUUGGCAAUUGCACAUGCAAAUAAAUUCAGAAUGGCAGCACAAAAAGGGAUAUAUAAUCCACAAUCAGGACUUGUUGGUUUACCUGGAAAUAGCAAUCAGAUGCUUCCCAACACGUCAGGCUUUUCUAUGUUAGGACAUACAUUUAACCGAGGCAACAUGAGUACCUUACAACGCAAUACCAUGGCGUCCAUGGGACCACCGAAGAUCCCUGGGCAAAACUUCUACAUAAAUUCCUUGCAGCAGCAGCAACAGCAGCAGCAGCUACAACAGCAACAACAGUUACAGCAGCAGCAGCAGCAGCAGCAACAACAACAGCAGGUUCAGCAGCAGCAACAAAUAAGCUCACCAUUACAGCAGGCACAGGUCGGUUCUCCACAAGUUGUAGGUUCUCCACCUGCAAUGGUGAUGCAGCAGCAGCAGCAGCAGCCGCAGCAGCAGAUUAGCCAGCAACAAAUUGGCCAGCAGACUGUGAUGAGUCCCCAGCAAUUGAGCUCCGGUGCUUUGCAACAGAUCACCAACAAUGCAGGGCCAGUGCCAGGGCCAGGGCCAGCUAGCCCACAGCUAAGCUCGCAAACACAUGGAUCAGUUGGUAGUAUCACAAGCUCUCCCAUGGAGCAGCUGCAAGGUGCAAAUAAAGGCUGUUCUACUGGCAAUGUUUAAAUUAAAGUUUUCGGUGGAGAGUUCUUGCAGCAGAUUGCAGCUCAAUAAAAAUAGGUGCUUUCCAUGUGGAUCCCAAGAGAAAUUUUUUAUUUGUCUGUUGCUGCAUCCAAAUUUCUUCUGUAAUCAGUACCCAUAAAAUAUUAUCAAAUUUCUCAUUGUUGUCAUCUCCUGCUCAUCUCUUAAUGUAAAAAUCAUAUACAAUGUCCAGUAUUUUAAUCUGUUAGGCUUGUGUUAUUGACUUUUUGUUAAUCCUGUAAAUAAUCAUUCUUCCCGGCAUUUCAAUAACAGUUGUGCCUAAAUUAGCAUUUAUUUAUUUAUUUUUAAACGA